AUGGCGGCAGAUGCUUUAUCUAGGAGGCACUCUCUACUUGGAGUGAAGAGUUCGAGACUCCUUGGGUUCGAAUUCGUGAAGGAAUACUACAAGGAGGAUGAGAAGUUCAAGGGGGUAUUGAAGGAGUGUUCCAAGGGAUCACAUGGUGCUUAUAUGAUGCAAGGGGACGUUCAAGGUGUUAUCUCACGUUGUGCUACAUAUCAAAAAUCAAGAGAUCUUUUCACCAAGACUUUGUGGGAGCUCCUUGGUACCAAGUUAUGCUUUAGCACAUCACGUCAUCCUCAAACUGAUGGGCAAACUGAAAUCACACAUUGUACUUUAGGCACCUUACUUCGAGGAUUAGUUAGCAAGAGUACCAAGGAUUGGGAUGUGAAGCUUUCAUAUGCUGAAUUUGCUUAUAAUAGGUCACCUACAUAUGCCACAAGAUGUUCUCCCUUCGAGGUUGUCUAUGGUGUUAAUCCUAGGGUGCCUAUUGAUCUUUUUCCCUUUCCUAAUGAUGAGGUUUACCAUGUUGAUGAAGGAGGAACUCCUGGCCUUCACAAGAAUAAGCUCAUGCCACACUCAGAUGGUCCAUUUAAGAUUGUGGAGAAGAUAAAUGAUAAUGCCUUCAAGCUUGCCUUACCUGGAGACUACCAAGGUGUGGCAUGGAGUAGGCGUGUGCAUGGCAUUCUUAGAGUUCUAAUUCUGUUAGGACUCAAACUAUCUUUAUUGCUUUCCGAGUUGUAUUGGUAUUAG